UACUCUUCCAAUGCAGCAUCUUUCCGUGCAAGGCGAUGCAUCACACAUUGAAUCGGCUGCGCUGCCAUUGGAACACAGAGCUGGCUAUGGACCCCCAGCGCCUUCACCUAUCUAUGGAGCACCACAGGGACCGCUGAGCACCGCCGGUGCUGGUCCCAGCAACGAUCUGUCGGAGGAGGCUUGGCCGCUAGCCAGCACCAAUGACAGUCCACAGAUCAAGCAUCUGCAGGUGCAGUGCGAGAAGACACACAUGCGUGUGAACAUUGAGUUCGACAGGCCCUUCUAUGGCAUGAUCUUCUCGAAGGGCUUCUACAGCGAGUCCCACUGCGUGCACAUGCAGCCCGGAACGGGCCAUCUGAGCGCCACUUUCGAGAUCUUCCUAAAUAGCUGCGGCAUGAGCAGCUCGGCCAAUCACAAUGCGGCGGGCUACGGUGCACCCACUCCAUCGGGCAGCUAUGUGGAGAACACAAUCAUUAUUCAGUACGAUCCCUAUGUGCAGGAGGUUUGGGAUCAGGCACGCAAGCUGCGCUGCACCUGGUAUGACUUCUACGAGAAGGCCGUCACCUUCCGCCCCUUCCAGGUGGACAUGUUGCACGCUGUCACAGCCAACUUCUUGGGCGACAACCUUCAGUGCUGGAUGCAGAUCCAAGUGGGCAAGGGACCUUGGGCUUCCGAAGUGUCGGGCAUUGUGAAGAUCGGACAGACCAUGACCAUGGUGCUGGCCAUUAAGGAUGACGAGAACAAGUUCGACAUGCUUGUGCGUAACUGCGUCGCUCAUGAUGGCAAGCGUGCUCCCAUCCAGCUGGUGGAUCAAAAUGGCUGCGUUGUCCGACCCAAGAUCAUGAGUAAAUUCCAGAAGAUUAAGAACUUCGGACCCUCCGCUUCUGUGGUCAGCUUUGCCUACUUCCAAGCCUUCAAGUUCCCCGACUCGAUGAACGUGCACUUCCAGUGCGUCAUUCAGGUCUGUCGCUACAACUGCCCCGAGCCCAAGUGCGGACCUGGUCUGCCUGGUGGUGAAUAUGGACUGCCACAGAUCGGCGGCAAUGCGCUCUCCGAGGAAUACGGUCCACCAGAGGCUUACGAACGCAAUGACUUUGCUUUGGGUGGUCUGCCACCAGCAGCUUAUCCCGAUCCACGUCAUCCGGCUGCCGAUGCAAGCGGCGCUUACUCCGAGAAUCAACCCGAUGUCGUACCCUCGCCACAGGCCCAAACCUCAGCGGUGACCACAGCCGAGUCAGCGGGCAAUGCGGGCAGCGGCCCAGCCAGCUCCCAGGCGCCGCAGCCGCAGCCACAGCAGGGCAGCAACGAACUGGGUCUGCCGCCUCCACCACUACCCGGCCAACCUGGCCAAUACAGCACCGUGAAGCGCAAGGAUGAUCUGAGCGGUGGCAAUCUUGUUGCACUGGGUGGCCGUCCACGCUCUGUCGAGGGUCUGGAUGAUCUGCGCGGAGUGCGCCGGCGUCGUGACACAAUGGAGAUUGUGGUUAAGCCAAGAAUCUACAAGCGCAACGCACAGGAGAUGACCGACGUGAACACGAGUCGCAUCAUUCAGGUGGUGGCACCUGGCGAUGUUAACUUUGCGCUCAAUAGCAAUGCCAGCAACGAGACGGUGGUCAUACAAUCGGCGCGCUCUGCCGAUGCCGAAACCAUUUGCAUGUCUGUGCCCAGCUUUGUCGGUGGCUUGGUGAUGCUGUUGCUCGUCCUGGCUGUGGCCUCUCUAGUCGCCGCCUUCCUCUUUGUGCGCGUGCGCCAUUUCGAUCGCAAGGGCGCGGGCAUGGCCUAUGUCAACUAAGUAGAAGGCACAACACACAGCACAACACACAGACACACACACACACGCAUACACACUAGGUAUCCAUGGCACCAUCAUUAGCACGGCGUGAAUUGAAAACCAAAUCAGUUUUAUGUGCACCUCUCUUCAUU